AUGACCAAGGAGAGACGGACUUCAUCGCCUGUUGACCAGGGCUCGCAUUUACACAUGGCUAUCAAGCUGCUGAAAGCGGAAAACGCUAACCUCGAAAAGAUAAUAAUUUUGCUCAGGACCGAGAAUCAAAACAUGCAGCGGAAGAUGAAGGAGAUGGAAUACCAGAACGACCGCUUUAAAAUCACGCAAAAUCAGCUUAAAGAAGAGUUGAAGAGAGAAAAGGAGCUGGUCCGUUAUCUACACAAUGUGAACAAGAAAUACGAGAGAACGCUGCAGAAAAAGGAAGCAGAAAGUAGGCAAUUGCGAAAGGAGGCCAAAGAAGCGGAAUUGAGGAGUCUAAAACGGGAAAGCAAAGAUAUAAACAACAAUGCCAAGGACGAAGAGGUCCGGAGACCACAACCUCCUAAAAGAUCUGACUCUUUCAAACGAAACAAGGACCUUGCGGCUAUCAAAGACCAGGGAGCAGCGCUCGCUAGCAGUAGUAGUAGUACUAGCAGUAACGGUAGCGUUAGCAGUAGUGGUAGCCAAAACGCUAAUUUAAAAACGAAACAACCACCGCAAGCAACACCAGCUUUGAAACAGACGAACUCGAGUGAUGACUUAGCUUGCGAAUGGGAAGACGUAACGGACGUGUUGGGGUUUCUCAACGAGAAAGUGAAUCAGUUUGAGCGGUUACUUUUGGAGACUGGAGGUUCGAGUAAAUCUGGCUCUGGGUCAGGGUAUUCUUCAUCGGACUCACUGACUUCUACAAAGUAA